AUGAAGGUCGACAAGCUCAAGGUCCGCCCCAAGAAGCUGGCCUCCAAGGCCCCCUGUGCCGCUGAAUUUGCCGCUGUCCUUGCGUGCUGGGCGAGCUCAAGCGAUCUGCGCUCGCAGAGCGAAUGCGCCGAGGUAACCAAAAACCUGCGCGAGUGCAUGGCUACGUCGCACACUGGCCAAGCGCGCACGAAGCCCACGAUCAACUACCACCUGGCGCGCUUUUCAAAGCACAUGUAG